AUGAAGCUCGCCGCUGCUGGGGCUCUUAUGCUCUUUGCUCGUUCAAUCAUGGGCAAAGGCUGCCCAGACGGCCAAAUUGGUGUUGGCACCGUACAAACCUGUUUAAUCGUCAACAAUAUGCAGACUCAGUGCUCCGCGACGCAGGGUGUCGUCUUUGGAGAAGGCAACUGCGACCAAGCCGAUAUCGAGAACAUGUUCCAGAAGGACGGAUAUUGUCAGCCUAGAACUUUCCUUCAUGGCGCCAAGGUUUUCUGCGAAGACGAUGAUACGACCGUCACUUCUGUUGCAUACAAUCUAGCGACUUGGGGGAAUUGCAAAAAGCAAAAUAUUGAUUGUUCCGCUGGAGCACUGCAGUAUUUGUAUAUUAGUUACUGUUGCGAGAAGACGUAG